AUGCAAAACCUUCUCUUAAUCAUCUACCGGUCAAUAGUGAUACUUGGGAUAUUCAGUGCUCUGGCUAUUUUAGUGUUCAAUUCGGAUUUUGUUGAUGAUUAUGUGUAUCAGUCCAGUUCGCUGCGAAUGAAAAGCCAAUAUGGCCUUGUUGAUAAGGGAAAACAGAAAAUGGUCACAUUGGAUCCGGUCGAAAUCGAAAAAGAGCAUUUUCGGUCGAUAAAAGGUAGCCUAGGGUUGGGUAUUGGACUGGGGUGGGCAUGGUUGGGUGGGGAAGGAAUAUUUAAAGGCUAGAGCGGGGUGAGGAGUAGGGGAAAGUAGGAGUAAGGCAAAGAAGGUAUAUGAAUAGAGUAGGUCGAGGUAGGGUUGGGCAGGGUAAUUCACCCCCAUCCCCCCCCGGCUAGCAACGCCCCUAACUUCCAAACUCCCAGGCAAAACAGUCAGGCCAGCCAAUGAGCUUCGUGUGGAAGAUUUUGCCAAUUCAACUGAACUGAAUGAGCUAGGCCUAACUAAAAACUUAUCCCGGGUCGAAGCCAUGGAAUGUCGGCUACCAGACUUGGACCCAUGGCACGAAAAGGCUCUGUCCUAUAUUAACAAAGGCCGUGAUCGUAUGUAUGGAUGUGUGGUUACCUACACACAAGGAACUUUUUUGAAAAAUGGCAAAAUCGAAAUGACUCCAGAAGAGGCUGGAAAUGGCACUUCUUGCCUUUUUAGGUAAUAUUUUGGUUUUUUAAAAUAAUUUUAGGUAACAUUAUUAAAUUUUUUAUAAUAUUUUAGGUAACAUUUUAAAUUUUUAAACUAUCGUAUUAUAAAAGCGUCAAAAAUAUAAAGAAGUCAUUACUAAAACUUCAAAAAAGUCUUGUCUUCAACCCCCUUAGAUUCCAACCUAAAAUAACAACAAAACUUUUUAAAUUCCAAGAAACGAUAUCAUUGCAGAUGCUACUACCCAAAAGACGAUUACGAAUUUUCGUUUGGAAAAUGGCAAAAACUCAACGUCUUACCAGACUGUGAUAUCAUGGAAGUGAGUUGUAAACGACCAAAAGAACCGGAAUAUAGCUACAACACGCUUCAUACCCAAAUUUAUCGACAAUAGUAAGUUAUAUUUAUCAUAAAAAAUUAGGAAACCAGGAAAGUUUUAAAGUAAAACAAUAUAAAAGUAGUGGAAAAGAUAGCGGCCAAGACAACGCUGUGAAAUGGCUCGUUCUUCUGUUUCAAUAUCUUCGUGAUGGGACCAAAUGAAAGUUCUCGCGACAACUUAUUCUUGGAAAUUUUCUUCAUAAAUAAUAUUCUCGGCGAUUAGACUCUAUUUCUCCUUGAAUUCCUAAUGAAAAUGUUGUCUAUACAAUGUAAAAUACGAACAAAUUGCUGUAGUGCUCCAAAUUUUAGAUAAUUUUGCACAUUUAUAUUGUUAUUGCCUAAUGUUCUUCAAUGUUUGGUAUUAUUUUGAGACCGUCUUCUUGGAUCAACCUAAAACAAUGUCGGAAAUGGAAAGGUAAGUUGUUUUUUAUUAUUUUUUUGUUUUUUAGGUUUAAACUCAGUUUAUUCAACGAAUGCGGAGGUCUUUCUUCAAGUUGCGCCCAUUUUUCCCGUUCUUCAGCACCUUGAUGUUGUUUUAGCUUAUUGUUUGAGGAAAACUCAGGUAUUGCAGCCAGUUCCGGGAUUAUGAAGAUGGACAAUACAUAGGUAAAUCGUUUUUGAAUAGUUUUGAAGAUUUUAGGUAGCUUUUUGAUGUCUUACAACAUGCUGAAAGAAGUUUUGCCUGGUCUAAUCUAAAACAAUAUCCAAAUUCGAUUAGUAAGUGAUUUUUUAUACUAUUUUUGUUGUUUUAGGUAACAAGAUGAUUAUUCUAACGAAAUUGUUUGGUUUUCUUCAUGUUUCAUCUUAUUUUUUACGCGGUUUACCAUCAGCAUAUUGUUUUAGCUUGAUUUUUAGGUAACCAACACGAAAUAUUGAAGCAGAAACCUAAGGAUUCUUGACGUUGUUGCUGGUUUUUAUGUGUUUUAAAGUAUACGAAAUUUAAAAUAACAAAGAACUUAGUGAAUAACCAAUUUUUACAGCCACUACUUUCAAACCAAGCCCACUGCCGCCCCAAAAACUUCAACUACCCCUCCCGACCGUCUUGAUCUCCUCAAACCGAAACGCUUAAAACCCGAGAAUCCUCAGCCUGAUGUACAUAUGAUUAUAUUUGACUCUGUAUCGACUACACAAUUUAUGAGAUCUAUGCCGGCUACCGUGCACGUGCUACGCGAAGAAAUGGAAGCAGUGGUGUUUCCGCAUGUUAACAAAGUUGGAAUUAACAGUAGGCCGAAUGGUUAUGCUUUACUGAUGGGUAGGCAGGCCUAUGACAUGGAGAAGUCGCCUAUUAAUGAUGAAAGGAAGCCUAAGAUUAAUAUGUAUGAUAUGUGUGGGUAUUACCUUGAACAGGAUCAGUUUAUUGGAUUUGACUUUAAAAAGAAAGGUUAUGCCACCUUGUUCUCUGAAGAUUGGGAACUUGGUGUGUUUAAUUGGCCAAAUUGCUUUGGGUUUGGGAAGCCGCCGGUGGAUCAUUAUAUGAGGUGAGCUACUUAUAUCUUUACCCCUACCUGUACCUACACUUUUAUCAUUACCCUAGCCUCUACAAACUACUCUAAUGGCUUUUUCUAAAAUGUUAGAAGCUUCUCACAGUACAAAAAACAAAACACUAGCCUUUUUCUAAACAACUACUUACAGGCCCUUCCACCUUCGUCUAGAAUCCGGUAGAUACCGUGAUGAAAACUCAACGAUGAAGAACCAUUUGUACUGGGAAAUGUGUCGAGAACCACAUGAGUACCAAAUGGACUACUUGAAAGAUUUUAUUGAUGUUUAUCCUGACAAGCCCAAAUUUUCCAUAACUUGGUUCACCUAUCUUGCUCAUGACGACGCUAAUGGACUGUUCCAUGUGGAUUUGUAUUUUAAAAGGUUCUUCAGGGAUUAUAAGAAAAAGGUGAGUUUGGGGGUUUUACUUCAUGUUUUAGCGGGUAGGCCAGUUAAUUGAAAAAAAAAUUUGAGGGCGGGGUAAAUUAUUUUUUAAUUUUUGGGGUUGUGCAAUUUCAAAAAUUCAAAGCGUUUUUUGAUGAAGAAAGUUUGUUUAAAAAAAUUUUGGGCGGGGUAAAUUUAAAAAAAUUGUUUUGGGGGUGGUUCAAUUUAAAAAAUUUUUUUUUGCAUUUUUAUGUAGAAAACAGGUCAAGUAAAAGUAUGGGGUACGUUAAACAAAAAAUUUUUUGGGCGGGGUAAAUUUUUUAAAAAGAUUUUAGGGGGUGGUUUUUCUUUUUUUUUAUUUCUGGGCCGGUAGUUAAGAAAAAAGCAAAAAACGACAUUUUUAGUUAAGCAACUCCUUUUUAUUCGUAAUGGGUGACCAUGGCUAUCGAUUUGGUGGUAUCAGAAGAACAAAGCUUGGUGAAGCUGAAGACAAGAAUCCAUUAUUGAUGGUUGUUGUGCCAGAACAUUUGCGACAAAAUGAAAAUUUGAUCAAGAAUAUGAAAAAUAAUGCAAAAUAUUUGACAACUCACUAUGACACUUAUGCUACUAUGGUCGAUGUGGCUUAUGUAAGGGGGUUGCUCCUCUUUUUUUGUUUUACUCUUCUCAUCUUCUUAAAAUGUUAGUCUGAUCAUUCUCAUUCUCUUUUGUUUUUUUACUAUCUUCUUUUUCUUCUUCUGCUUCUUCUUCUUUGUCUUUUUAUUCUUCUUAUUCUUCUUCUUCUUUCUCCUCUUCUUUUUCAUCAUCUUCUUCUUCUUUGUCUUCUUUUUUUUCUUUUUCUUCUGCAAAGCCUAAUUUUUUAGUUCUAUUUAGUACUACUGGUACUAGUUUUGUUCGGUACUACUGAUACUAUAAUACUUCAAGUUUUUUAUAUUACGAUACCUGAUCCUUUCAGAACGCCCCAAAAUUUGAGCACAACUCAUCAUUCAACGGUCUAAACAAGUCAGCAAUACCAUUAAAUAUUGAUGGUGAGAGUUACCUACAUCCUUUCAAGCUAGACAAACCUCGAAAUUGCCAUAAUCAAAGAGUACCAUUCGACUUUUGUAAUUGUCAGUUGGAGCAAGUUGACCGAAGCAACGAAACCGAGUUUGGGCACAGGAUAGCCGGCUUCAUGGUGGAUAAAAUGAAUGAGGCUUUGGUGAAACACAACCAUACUAGUUUGUGUGUUACCUUGAAGUUGAACAAAGACUUUCCAGUCGAAUUGGAGGAGUUUGAACCUGAUUUGAGGUUCAAUGCUUUUAAAGUUACUUUUAAGGUAAGGCCUUCCCUUAUAAGGGUGUUUUGAAGGGUAGGGAUUCUUACAAGCAGGCUAUAACAGCAAACUAUUGGGUUAGAAUACUAGGGUAAGGUAGCGUUAAACUAUCGUAAGCUGAGUUAUUGUAGGAAACAGUAGAGUAGAGGAAGGUAGUGUAGGGUACGGUACAGUAGAGUAGGGUAUGGUAAGAUAGGGUAUGGUAGGGUGAGGUAGAACACAGUAAAAGAGAGUAUAGUACGGCAGGGUAAAGUUGACCACAGAAAAGAUAAGGUAGGGUAGGAUACAGUAAUCUAAGAUAGAGUAGGGCAUUGUAGGGUAGGACAAGUCAUUUUAAGGUAAUUUGAAAUAUUUUAGGUCUUACCAGGGAACGGUCACUUAUGGGGCUUUGUUCAAAUGAAUGGCGACAAUAGAAAUGACAAAAACGUGACAUUCUCAUUGAUCUCGGAACGUUUGGCGCGGUUGGACGAGUACGAACCUACGGCGUUUUGCAGUAGCAGUCCUUAUGUAAGUGUGCUUUAUUGAUAAGACCGGACUUUUUCACAAAAAUUAUCUUGCUUUGUUCUUCCUACAUUGCCUACCCUAUUCUACUGUACCCUACCCAACUUUAUCCUACCGUAUCCUACCUUACCCUACUUCACCCUACCUGAUCCUACUCUUUCUAUCGUAUUUGUCCUAAAUUUAUCCUACCCCACCUGACCCUACUCUACCUUCCUUACUUAUCAUAGCGUACCCUAUUAUCCUACCCUAUUUUAUGUUUUAGGUAAAACCAUACUGUUACUGUAUAGCCAACUUUUCAAAAACCUCAUCAACAACUCAAACUACAACAACAACAAAGAAGAAAUAG